AUGGUCGUCCGCCGCCGCAACCCCGCCGUGCCCAGGCGCACGGUGCGCGUGGCCGGCUGCCCUGUCCAGACCACGGUGACCGCGCGGCCGGCCAUCGUGCGGCGAUGGGUGUACGUCACCCUGUGGCUCAACCGCCGGCGCCUCCUCUCCUUCUCCGGCCUCACCGUCGGCCUGGGCGUGCAGUGGGCGCCGCCCUUCCGCAGGCUGCCCGCCGGCGCCGAGCCGCGCCCGGGCACGCUGCAGCUGUGCGUCGGCAACCGCUGCCUCAUCUUCCAGCUCGCGCGGGCCGCCGUGCCGCAGAUCCUGCGCCGGUUCCUCGCCGACGCCCGCGCCACGUUCGCGGCGCGCAACGUCGAGGCGGACCUCCGGAAGCUCCGCGCGCACCACGGGCUGGAGGUGCGCUCGGCGCUCGAGCUCCGCGCCGCCUCCGGCAUGGGCAACGCGUCCACGGCGACCAUGGCCGAGAGGCUGCUGGGGAUCCGGGGGCUGGAGAAGCCCGGGAAGGUCGGCACCAGCAGGUGGGACGCGCCGAGGCUGUCCCGGAAGCAGGAGCGGUACGCGGCCGCCGACGCGUACGUCGCUUGCCGCCUCGGGGUGUAUUUCCGCCGCCGCGCCGCCGCCAUGGCGUGUGACGAUCAAGAAUUGGAGGCCGAGUGUUCCGACGACGAGGUGUCGCCGGAGGCGGAGGCAGAGUACAAGCACGGCGACUGGGGACGGUUCGUUGGGUUCCUGGAGAGAGCGAGCGAUGACGAUCGGCAUGGGGAUGCAGCAGUCGACGAUCAUCUGUAUGAUAGUGUGUGCUCUGCUUACUAA